AUGUCGUUUCUGUCCAGCAAUCCUCGUCUUACACAGAACGAAGGCCUAGCGCCUGCUUACAAUUCACAAUCCGAGCAACCAUUCGCAAAACCACCCGUGGCCAUCGAGUCCUACAUACAGGACUUAAUCGAACAGCGCUAUCAAGAACAGCCUGAAGCUUCCGUAGUAUGUGCUUGGGAUGGCGAUUUUACGUAUCGGCAACUCAAUAACUUGGCUCGCUCGCUCGUUGCGUUGCUGUCUGCUCAGGGUGUGGCACCCGAGGUUUUCGUGCCUAUCUACUUCGAGAAAUCCCGGUGGACAGUGAUUGCGAUCCUGGGCAUCUUGCACGCCUGA